AUGACUGAAAUUAAUAAUGCUCCUACCUCCGAUCAAAUUGAUAAAGAAAAAGUAAGCGAAACUGAAACUAAUCAUGAAAAUGUAUCUGAUGAAAAGACCGUUACCACUGAAAUUAUCAAAGUUCCUAAAACUAAAGCUGAGCCGUUAGCUGAUUAUUCUCUUAUUUCGAUAAAAUACCCUUCAGUGAAUCAGUUUUCACUAGAUAAAGAAGUACCAGAGAUCAAUUUACUUGGAAAUCAAGCGACCAUCCAAACAAUUGCAGCAAAAACUGAAGAAAAAUCUGUUAAGUUGCAAGGAGAUACUACAACACCAGCAACUCCACCGAAUGCAUCUGAAUCUGAAGAUGCUAAAAAGAGAAGGCGUUCAAGUAAUACACUCAAGAUCGGUCCUAACGUUCCUUUUGAUGACGUAAUUACCAACCCAGGACUUAUACGUGUUUUUAAUACCGAACAUGCUGGAUUACUCAUUUAUUUAUCAACAAGAAUUAAUCAAUUGAUUGACGCAUGUUUUCAUACUCAGCUUAAUAGUGUUAUUUCAUCGAACGCUUACUUAAUACUCAGCUCUCAGAAGAAAACAAUCAUAUCUGCGUUUCUUCAAGCAGAUUCAUUUCAAUCAAUUGGCGCUGAGCUGUUUAUUCCCGAAGAAUUGGAUUACCCAAAUGUUGGAAGGUUUACUGGUAUUAUUUCUGGAAUCAUCGAUAAUUAUCCAGAUAAAAUCAUUGAUAAACUCGGAUUCUUGCCUCGCUUAGUUCAUCAUUGCUACUUCCCAAACGUUGCAUCUUUACUCUUCAAACUGGUCAAAGAUACUCCUCAAAUGAAAAAUGUUCAUAAAUACCUCAAUAACUUUGGCUUGCAUGAGAUGAUUAUACGAGAAAUGGAGUCAUUUAAGCAUGUUGAUUACAAGACAGACUUGGAAUACUUCAAAAGCCGUGCUGUUUACAGAAUGGCAAAUUUAUUCCAUUUAAUUUCACUUGCAAGUCAAGUUAAAACACUUGAAAAGCAUUACAAAACAGUUUACUUCCUAUCACAAUGUGAGAAAACGUUCCAUCCAAAAGAAUUUAUGAUUGAUGACGAAAAAUGGACUUUAAUCUUAUCUCUUACAAGUGACAACUAUGCUGAUAACCUUUCAAACUUCAUUUUAUCAGCAGUUGAAGUCCUCAAAACAGCUUCAAAUGAGAAAUUCCAUCAAUCUAGUUAUUUUGCUUUAUUAUUUUUAUCCCAAAUGCUCAGAUUCAACAAGCAUACAUCAGAAUUACUUAUUGAAUUUGGAUUUGUCCCACUGUUAUUGAAAUUAAUGUUCAAAUAUUCAUAUAACAAUUAUUUUGUUGAAGCAUUUCGUAAAUUCAUACUCUUGUCAUUGAAGUAUGAACUAUUAAUUAAGCAAAUCAUUCAAUUAGUCCUUCCUGCGCUUCUGGCCUUUGCAAAUGACCCAAGAGAGGUAAAUCUUACAGCUUCCAUCCAUUACUUGGUACAAGUCUUCGAAAAGAACAAGAAAGAAUACAAAUAUCUUGGAAAAGAACUCAAAAAUUUGCCUGAUUAUGACGAGUAUUUGAAUAAUGAGUACAAAGUCAAAUUGAAACUAUAUGACAGCAACUAUGGCGAAUCCUAUAAAGGCCAACUUAAAGAUUUACUCGGAGAAUAA